UAUUAAAGCUUCGAAGAAGAAAAACUAUACUUCGAGGAAGAACAACCAACCUCUGUGCGGGAGAUACAGAAGAAAGUGGUUGGGCGCCAAAUACCACAACAUAUUUUUUACCUUCCCAACCGAUGAGAUACACCUCUACGUGGUGGUUGGGACGAGUAGAAGAUAUAAUCUCCGAAACCAA